AUGCCGGCAGAAGUGAGAACGGCAGAUGAAGCCCUCAUGGGUAACUCUGCUCCAAAAAGAAGAGCACCCAACAAAAGCUCCAAUGCAACAAAUAAAGACGGAUUAUCUGAAUGCUUCAAAGUUGUCAGAACAAGCUUGUAUGUUUCGUUGGCACCAUGUCACAUCAAGAACCCUAUCAACGGUAUAAAAUCCCAGCAUUUGGAUCCAUUGAUCAUGACAUACUCUCCGAAAGCAGGAGGUGUUGUGUUGUCGUACUCCAACUUGCAUGUCAGUAAGGACCAUCACUCAGUUGACUCUAACGGAGAACCUAUAACUAUCGCUAAAGUCUCUGACUCUUCGCCUUUUUCUUUCAUGUGGGUGAAUGUUGACAUGCUCAUAUGGUGUCCACAGAUUGGAGAUGUCUUAGAGGGCAACGUGUACAUGCAAACAGCUUCUCAUAUUGGUUUGUUGGUUCAUGAUACAUUCAACGCAUCUAUUAGACUGAGAAAUGUUCCUCAGGAUUGGCAAUUUAUCCCUAGCCAAGAAGACGAGUUUGAAACUGAGCAACUGCAAGAGAAUGCUUCUAGCAAGUUUAGAUCAUACGGAUAUUGGUCUGAUGCUGAGGGUACUAAGGUAGAGGGUAAAAUCACAUUUACUGUUAGAUCCAUUCAUACAACUGGUAAGAUGUUGUCACUCGAAGGUACUUUGGUACCACCAGAAAGUGAAAUUGAUGCUCAGCCAGUUUCGCAAGAACGGCGUGGAUCCACUACGGGAGUCCCAUCAGGCAGACACAUGAAGUUUGAUGAAGAGCCAAUCCCAGAAAUUGUUGAAACUACAGAGCAAAAAGUUGAGUCGAUACCAACAUACGAAGACAGUGAUGCUACUGGUGACUCAUCGGAUUCAGAUGAGAGUUCUGACUAA